AUGACGAAGCUUGCAGUCGCUCAGGGACUGCUACUGACAUGGCUGUCCAUGGCUACCUGCUUCGGAUACACGGUAUCCACCGUGCCCGGCGAAAGCCGUUGUUCAUUCCUCAACAUCACCAUCACCAGCGCCAACUCCACUACUACUUCGGACACCUGGAGCUGCCUUUUCCUUGACGGGUCCGUGGUAUCGUCCUCCCGACGUUCUAUAGACAAUGAUGUCGGAACACUGAAGGCAUACGCCAUAUCCGCAUGCUGUGCUUUCGCCAUUGGUCUCCUGCUAAUCUCAAUCGGUUGGUUGGCCCUGUGCUGGCCUGGUUGCCUGGACAAAAGGUCCAGCCACCUCAAGGCUGUUAUCCUUCUUGGUCUUGUCGCAGUCCUGUGGGCGGCCGUGGCCCCGGCCGCAUCGGAAGCGGGGCUGCGGUCGGGCCCUUUCGAGGCCGAGCAGCAGUUGCAUUUGAACACAAGAUAUGGCACCUGCUUUGCCCUGGCGCUGGUCAUUAUUGGCCUGCAUGCUCCAUUGAUACUAGUGGACGUUGCACAGGGUGCCUUCUCGCUGAUGCUGUCGAUUGCAUUUGUAGGCGCCGUCUGGCUACAGGUCAAUCGGCAAUUGUUGGCCAUUCUACCGUCGACUUUGAGUGAAUACAAGGACCAGCGAGCACGAAGCCCAAAUAUUUCUCCGUCGCGGUAG